GCGCGUUAAAAUUACAACAAACAGCAAAGAAAAUGAACCAAGAAAAAGAUGAAAAAAUCCUGAAAUCGCUGAUUUACAGCGAACUUUACAAAAAUUACUACUAUCUUGUCCCGUAUAAUGAAACAACCAAGAAGGCAGUUAUCAAAAUCGGUAAAAUCACGAACAAAGAAAUCAUCGAUAACGAAGAAAAAACCAA